AAGAAAGGAAAGCGGAAUUAGAAGAACAUACUCUCGAAAAUUUUCUAUACGGAUUACCUCGUGAGAUACGCCAGGAGGUUGUAAUAAAAAAUCCAAAAUCGUUAGAUGCUGGAUUCGAUCUAGUCAUGGAACUAGAAAGAAAAAUAAAAAAUCAUAAGCGAGCUCGCAAUAAUUAUGACAGUGAUUCGCCAGAUGACUACCGGAAGUCCAGAAGAAACCACUCGAGUAGGCGAUCCCACAAACGAGUUUCGUACCCAAACUCUCCAAGCCCAUACGAUAGGUAUCACAAAAGACAUUACCGAGAUGUGUCUAGUUCAAGUUCAACCGCGAGCUCUACUUCUGAGUCCAGUGAUGACGAAAGAGCCAAUCACCAUCGCACUUACGGAAUGCAUGUAAGGAGGUAUCGUUCAUCCUCGGCAUCCACCGACACUUCCAGGUCUCGCGAUCGGAAUGGAGAGAAAACGCCCGAACGUAGGAAGCAGUGAAAAAAAUUAUUUUGCUGGAAAUGCGGCAACAAGGGUCU